GGAAGAUUCUUCAGAAGAGAGUGAGGAGCAGCCUGCUUCACUGUCUGCUUCUUUAAAGGAACAAAAUCUUUAUUAUUGUUGUUGUUGCAUCUUAGUUUUGUUUUCCUUAGAAACAAGCAAAAUUAGGCAUUCGAGUAGAAAAAGAAGACAGAAUAUAUCAGAUCUCAUAUUUUAAGACUUAUGCCUCGUCACUACCAGUGUCAGAAAAUGGCUUAUCCAGUCAGUUUGUCUCCAAGCAAUUCUCUGUGAUGACACAAAGGACCCAGAGGAUGGGACAGUGUGUAUGUCAUCCAAAUGUUCUGACCUCCUGACAUCAUAAUGAGGUGACCAGAGAGUGCUCGGUCUUCUUUCAGAAUCCCAUUACUCUUUACCACCACUUUCUUUCACAUUUGAGCAUCAGGGAAAUUCUUCAUUGGUGGGUUGGUUUUGAGUUACUCUGGUUCCGAAGUCAACAUUACUUUGCUUUCUUAUUUUCAUACGCUUUUUCCAGAGGAGCUGCUUUUACUGUAGAGAAAAUAAGGAGAUCGCGAACCUGAGCACAAGCAUUACCCUGGUGUUGAAAACAAUUUACUGAUGUUGACAGGGCAUCCUUGUCUCUUCCAACCCAUAGUUUGUGUAAUGUUGUAUUAAGAUCUGCUCUGCUCAUUCUGCACCAAUUCUCCUAUCCCAGACAAGAGGGACCCCCUUUGCUUUGCUGUGAUGUAUGUGAACAGGGCCACAGAGGUUCUAUUUGAAGGCCGGACUUUGUUUUAGUCCUUAAUACUAGGAUGGCAGUACAAAACAUCUCUGCGGGUUUGCAAACUGUUUCAGUGCUGAAUGCUGGUGAUGCUUUCUUUCCCUCGAUGCUAUGCCAAACAAGUGUACUUCAAAAGCCACAGUAAAAAAAGAAACCUAGGCAUAGGGUAGAAAGAAAGAACUGAACUGGUGCAAGAAAAGGAGAAGAAGGGUAUAUUCACAAUGUCAUUCCUUGCAAAAUGUAGUCACAGAAGGGGAAUCCUCUAUUCUGCUGAAGCAUAAUGAAGAACCGGCUGUUCUGUAUUAUUUCAUUUCUUCUAUGGACAUGCUGCACAUUCCAACAUGGUAAGAUAUUAAGUCGAAAGACAAACAUUUCAUGCAGUGAAAGAGCAGGCACGCUCUCUUUUUAAAAAGAAAUUAUUUAUUUCAGAAGACCUCUAGAACUAAGGCUAGGAGCUAAAUUCAGGUCUGUGUUUUUGUCCGUUAAAGCUGUGGCAUUCUGCCAAUAAUUCCAUCAAUAGUUCCAAGAAUAAUAUGGUGUGGUGCUAAGCUGGUUUGCAUGAAUUUGUGUUUGCAGGGCCAAUUGAUAGGUAAGGACAGGGUAUACAAUGUGUUGCCCUCCCUAUGUUGUGGGACUCCCACACCUAUCAACCCCAACCAGGUAGAUCAACAUAAAGAAAUCACAGGAUUCCAGCAACAGCUGGAAGGCAUUCAUCUUUAAUUUUUUUAAAAAUAGAUUUUAACGUAUUUUAAAUUGCUGCAACCAGUCCUGGGAUCCGGUCAUAAAGGCAGGUAAGAAAUAUAAUUAUGAUUAUGAUUGCCCUGGGUUAGAAAUUUAGGUGUAGUGAUUAUAUUACAUUUAUUGAACAGAUUUUAUUAUUAUUAUUACUAUUGAAUGAUUCUGCUCUUAUUUGUGAAAUCUUGUGUUUAUAUCAACAAAAUGCUUUGAUAUAUAGGGCAUUUUGUAUGCCACUGCUGAUAGUAAUAUUAAUAAUAAUUUUAUUAUUUAUAUGCCGCCCAUCUGACUGGGUUGCCCCAGCCACUAUGGGCAGGUCCCAACAAAAAUUUAAAAACACAAUAAAGCAUCAAAGCUUCCCGAUACAGGGUUGCCUUCAGAUGUCUUCUAAAAGUCAGAUAGUUGUUCUUUUCCUUGACAUCUGAGGGAGGGUGUUCCACAGGGUGGGUGUCACUACUGAGAAGGCCCUCUUGCCUGGUACCCUGUAACUUCACUUCUAGUAGUGAGGGAACCUCCAGAAGGCUCUCGGAGCUGGACCUGUGUCUGGGCUCAACGAUGGGGGUGAAGACGCUCCUUUAGUAAACUUUAACUUUUAGUGGUGUUGUAUUAGCUAUACAUCAAUGUGUUGCUAUUGCUGUAAUUCUGAUUUUUGUUGUUGUGAUGGUUGGUGUUGUGAUGUAUUGUUCCCAUUGCUGUUAAAAACAAGAGAGGGCAUUAUUUGAAAACACUGGAAUCCAAUGGAAUGACAUUGAUAUCAUUUGGAUGCGCCUUAAAAAGUGAGUGAGCCAAGGAUGCUAAUGCCUAGAGAAAAGAGCUGGUGUGGAAGUGACCUUUGAUUUGUAUUCAGGAACUUACAGCUUUGAUCAAUUAUCAUUCUACUUUGAAAAGGAUUUUUUCUUUAGUGACUGUGAUGAUGCUAAAUGCAAUUUCAGUGUGCACACCUGACAUUGAUUUUGGAGUAAUCAUAGAGAAUAAAAGAGCUCAAUAUCUGGAACGUGACCGGUUACAGUACAAGUGCUUCCCUGGGUAUGACUUGGAAGGGUCUGGCUGGAUAACAUGUAAGGAAGAUGGAUGGACCCCUCGUCCAAAGUGUUUUGGUGAGUGGACUAUUUUUGUCAACUUUUAAGUAAUGUGGAUAGGACACACUGUGAAACUGGAUAACUCCAGCAUUUGUGGAUCAUAUGCACUUAUCUCAAAAUAAAAUUGUAUUGUUGGAAUUGGAUUGGAUAUAGCACAACCCACCCACCCCAUAACAAUGUACUUUUAUUGGGUAGCCACAAUUACAGGAAAUGGCUUUAACUGGCUAGCCAAACCAGGUGAGGGUAGCCAAUGGGUCUCAAACCCGCAGUGAGCUACAUGUGAAGACAGGCUCUGGUGGAUUAAGCAUACAAGACCAAUAGUGGGUCCAACUGUCAAGAAGGUUCUGCAUGUGCUGUAGAUGGGGCUUGUCAACCUGGGGAGGUAGCCUAUCUAGGAGAAGGAAAUCUCUGAUCCUAAACUUCCUCUGCCUUGUGGGAUAUCUUCAAGAGAAGAAAAGGCUACAGAGAUCCAGAGUGGAGUCCCUUAGAGGGUUGGCAGUCUCCUUCCAGGAACUCUUGCAGCCAAGCUAGUGCCACACAUAUUGCUCUGCUUUCCUUUGGACCACAUCAGUGAAGCCAAGAGGCCGGUCUUGUCAUCUGGGCAGCCCAGGACCUCCAUACACACUGCCCAGGCUUGCACCCCAGGGAGGUCAUUUCGGUGCUGCUAAUGUAGCAGUUUGACUUAGCUUCCAUCUGAACAUAUGUAGGCACUCUACAUCAGGGAUGGGGAACCUGUAGCCCUCCAGACGCUGUUGGACAACGCCUAAAUUCCCUGACAUUUGGCCCUGCCAGCUGUGACUGAUGUUCAGCAACAUCUGGAAGACCACAGGUUAGCCACACCUGCUCUAGGUGAUCAGGACUCCUGGUUUUAUAGAAGUAGCAAUUGCAUGGAGUGCUAAUGCUAAAUGUGCACAGGGAUUGAUUUGAAAAGGUUGCCCUGAAUGCCUAGAUCAGGCUUCCUCAACCUCGGCCCUCCAGAUGUUUUUGGCCUACAACUCCCAUAAUCCCUAGAUAGCAGGACCAGGGGUCAGGGAUGAUGGAAACUGUAGUCUCAAAACAUCUGGAGGGCCAAGGUUGAGGAAGCCUGGCCUAGAUGUUGAGGGCUAGGACCAAUGGACCAAUGAGGCCGAAGGGAGCUAGAAUCCAAAUACACUUGGAAGGACAAGAGAAUAUGACAAUGUGACAAGAGAAUAUACCAUACUUUUCCAUGUAUAAGACUAGGUUUUUUUACUUUAAAAUUACAGUGGUACCUCGGGUUACAUACGCUUAAGGUUACAGACACUUCAGGUUACAGACUCCGCUAACCCAGAAGUAGUACCUCAGGUUAAGAACUUUACCUCAGGAUGAGAACAGAAAUCGCACAACGGCAGCAGCGGGAGGCCCCAUUAGCUAAAGUGGUGCUUCAGGUUAAGAACAGUUUCAGGUUAAGAACGGACCUCCGGAACGAAUUAAGUACUUAACCCGAGGUACCACUGUAAUCUGAAAAGGGCUAUAAUAUAAAAAAUAUCAUUUGAACCCAAGUUAAUAUGUGGGUUAAUUUUCAUUCAGAAUUGAGCAAAAGCUGGAUGUCAUUUGUAGGCCAUAGAUUUAUAAGCUACUCGUAGGGAUGCAAUUAAUCUAAAGUCAGACCUGGAAGGCUGAAUAGGAGAAGCCAAUUCCAAAGAUGACCCCGUCUCUUUCUUCCUUUUCUUUCAGCACCCUGCACUAUCACAAAACAACAGCUGGAAGCCAGAAACCUGCUUUUGUACGGUGGGCAAAAACAUUCAGAAUUGAUUAAAAAUGCACAUACAUUGGAAUUCAUAUGCGUGAAAGGAUACAUAAUAAUCUCUCCUUCUGUGAGAACGUGCAUUGAUGGGAACAUGGAUCUGCCAUCCUGUAACCCUGUUGGUAACUGUAUUGAUAAUGCUAUUUCACAUCAGUUGGGGGGUUUAUCUGAAGGGCAUGGGGUGUGUGUUUCUGCUGUGUUUGAGCUGGUCUGCUGACACCAUCAAAUUUUGGCUCUGCUUUUGCCCACAUUCAGUGCAAAAUGGGUCUUUGCUUUAUGCAGAAAACCCAUGAGCCCAUCACCUUCCAGUUUAAAAGCAUCUCCCCGUACCUUCUCCCAUUUGCUUGGAUAGCCUCUAAAUCCCUUAAUCUCCUACCAAUGAGCUGAAAUCAUCAUCAUCAUCAUCAUAAUGAUCAUUGGAUCCGGCUGUUGUUGUUGUGUAAAAUGACCUUAAUAAAAUCCUAUUGGAUUGCUUACACAAACCACUGCUGGAUGCCUAUGGAAGUGAAAACAAACCUUUCUAAGUGAGGAUACAUAAAUUCAUCUGCCUAGUUUUGUUGUCACCAAAGCCAGGAAAUACAAGCUACAGUGGUACCUCGGGUUAAGAACUUAAAUCGUUCUGGAGGUCCGUUCUUAACCUGAGGUACCACUUUAGCUAAUGGGGCCUCCCGCUGCCGCCACCACACAAUUUCUGUUCUCACCCUGAAGCAAAGUUCUUAGCCCGAGGUACUAUUUCUGGGUUAGCGGAGGCUGUAACCUGAAGUGUCUGUAACCUGAGGUAUCACUGUAUGUAGUUGCAGUGUCUAGGUUUUUUAUCAUUUUACCUCUGGGAAGGAGGAACAGGGUAAGAAGAGGAUGGGAGUCUGGUGAGGCAUUUAGCUUGUGAGCUGCUAGCUCCCCACCCCUGCAUAAUAGUGGACAUGGAUAUGAUAUGGAAACAAACAAGCUCAUACCUUCCAGCAUUUCUCCAAUGAAAAUAGGGAUGCUCAAUUCAUUAAUAGUAAGUGUAAGAGUAGUAGUAAUAGUAGUAGUAGUGGUAACAACAACAACAACAACACCUCAGCCACUCUGGGCAGCUUUCAACAUACAUAAAAGCAUAAUAAAAUGAUACAGGGCUGCCUUCAGAUGUCUUCUAAAGGUUGUACUGUAUAGUUACUUAUCUCCUUGGCUCGGGGGUCACGUAACUCCAUACUGUCUGAUGAAAAUAGGGAUGUCCUAAGGAGAAGCAGGACAUUCCAGGAUUAAAACAGAAACCAGGACAGCUUCUGUAAAUCCAGGACUGUCCUUAGAAAAUAGGGACACUAGGAGGGUCUGCAAGCUACCUGAGACAUGUGCAGAUGUUUUAUAUUAACCUUGUCAGGUGGAAGCAACCAAAGGACGAUUGCUACUCUGGUAGCAUUUAAAUCAGACUUUUGCCAUGAUCAAAAUUCACCUCCCUUUCCCUCACAGAGCCCUGUGCUAUCUUACUCAAUGAAACAGGAAGCUAGUAAACAGAAGAAUGUAUGAGAAUAUUUUUUUUAUAGUGCACUCACCUUGAUGAUUCGAUUGCAAACCAGAACAUGUCAUUUCGAAAACCUUUCCACAUCUGUUUUUACAUGCCACUGCAAACCAAAGUGUAAUGUGCAUUUAGUUUGAACUGGCUGGUAGGGACUGUGCCUCUUUUCAUGAAGUCACUUUUGGCAAUGAUCAUAUAUGCCUUCAGAUUGGAGACCACAGGUGUUAGAGAUUUAUGGGCAACAGAGGUGUGGCACAUGCCUCCAGCAUCACACAGAGAUGUUAGAUGCUAGAAAGGGCAUUCAUAAGAUAACUUACCUAUUCUACCGUUAUAACAUAUGUUAUUCCAUUGGGUCAUUCCAGUGUCUGACCAAGAGACUUCCAUCACUGGUGACAUCCCUGCCGGUGCCACCACUUCCAAGAAUCUGCUGCUGCUAGCAUCAGAUCUCUCCACACCAGGUACCAGAAUGAUGCAAUGCCCCCUGUUACCCAUUAGGCUGCAAUAGGGAUGGACCGAUCUGCCAGUCUCUCAGUUUCGCAUUUUUCUCAGUCCUAAGUUCAUGGGGAAAAAUUAAGCUGAGAGGGGUGUCAGGCAAGAAGGGAUUAAACAGCCCUCCCAUAUUGCCGCUGCUCCAGUCAAAUUUGCAGUCCCCUUCUUGUGCAAUUGAUUUUCAUUUAAAAAAAACACUGGAAGAUCAUAUCACUGAUCUCCAUUGCAAUGCAUUUUGAGCUGAGGCUAAGUGCUUGCAGGAUGGCAGCCACUGUUGAUUGCUGGGGUGGCUAGUUUGCAUUCUAGAAUGAUCAUUUAAUUGUAAAAGCCAUGUGGUGGUGGUUAUAUGUUGCAACUACUGAGCGGUAUUGAGGAAGACAUUAACCGUACUUCCUAAAAUUCCUUUUUCUGUUUCACCACAAGUGAUGUGCACUGCCCCAGAAAUAGGUGGCGGCAACUUCUUUCCUGUAAAGAGUCAGUACAAAUUUGAGGAAGUGAUCUCUGCUAAAUGUAAUCAGGGAUAUCAGCUGGAAAGCCGCAAGAGCUCUUUUAAAUGUACAAAGUAUGGCUGGUUACCAUCUCCAAAGUGUGUACGUAAGUAAUUUUCAUGUUGUAGUAUUUUUUUCCCCAUGUAGUGUUAAUCUCAAUGACUGAUAAUGGAAUCUGUUUUGCGUGUCGAGGUCCCCAAGCCACCCCCCAAAUAACUCACAACGCACACUUAAUUUUUGUUUAAGGUUUUUGGCAUAAUUUUGGCCACAACUUUAUUUAAAUACAAAACCGUGAGUCGUUGUUUAGGCAUUGGUUAAGACUAUCUGUCCGCCCGCCUGGGGACAGAACUGACUUCCGGGCACCACCGAAAGACAGUGCGGGGGAAAGCAAGUCGGAGAGAAAUGGAGCUGGGUCACAGACCCUCAAUUCUCAUCCGCAUGCUCCCCGAAGGCUUGCCGGCCCUAGUCCCAUUCCAGGGAUUGGACGAAAAGAUGGCAAGCCCCAGGAUUCCUUUAACGGAAUUCCCUUUCCGCAGCAACCAUGGAGGGGCAGGCCCAGCCUAUCCUAACCCCUCCUCCACCAAUUUAUAACCAAUGCCUAACCACAACCUUACAAGUUGUGACGAUUUGCUACGCAGUAGGCAAAAACCAAAUGGCCCAGCCAAUCAGCCAGAUGGACAAAAUUCCUACCAGGCCCCUGCCCCAGCGGCAGACGACCCCAUGACAGGCAUAGCAAGGUCAAUGCAACAACCCCUUACUCAAGGGCGGGUGGGCGGGUGAUCCGUUGCACGCAGCAAGAAAGCUCCAGGCUGCGUGCAGAGUAUUUAAACAUUUUACCCCUCCCACCAAAAUUGCAACAUAACUUUUACCCCAGCAACCCGGUGAACCAAUCACUGCCCCAGGCCAUCUUUAGAGACCCUGCCUGGUAACAGAGGGGUGGCUCAGCAGACCCCACCGCAACACGUGCUCUCCAUGAAGGAGAACACGCUUUGUAUUUUUGAUGGUUUUUCAUCUACUUUUCCCCAAGGUGUGUUAUGUACUGAAGUUCUCACCCUGGGCCAGCAGGGGGAUACUGUAGAUAGUUCAGGUCCACAUAUGCAAAUAAGGGAUCGAAAGUGACGUUCAGUAAUUGGAUAGUUACAGAAAAUGGUUACUGUUGCGUUCUAGUGGAGCUCUAUAUAAGCAGGCUGCUUGAACCCUUCAGUUCAGUUCCGUUCUGACCUGUGAAUAAACAAGAGCUGUUUGAAGAAUCGCUGUGUCGUCUGAUAUGUUCACCCACAAUUUAACAGUGUGUUUAUAUCAUAUGCCAGGGCUGGCAUUCUGAAUUUGCCACUUGUAUGGUUUCAAGUACCAGCUCCUCUCUGAACCAUAAACCCCACCUCCAGUUCUUAAAUCCACUAGCACACUAAAGAAGUUGUCUAUAUGUACUGAAUUGUUCAAAGAACCCUGAAGAGAGAGCAAUGGUAUCGGCCUGGCUCAAGGCCUUACAUUCCCAAUCCAACAAACUGUGGAUACACACAGUGGAAGCCAUUUGACUUCUGAGGUGCAUUCGAAAAUGGAAGCCAUUCGAAAACCCAAACGUUCAGCAAUGGAGACAUUCAAAAACUGAGGUACCACAGUAUCACUAUACAAUUAUGUUGAUCCUCGUGGAAAACCAUUCCAGUAUCAGAGCCACAUUACAGGGACCAAUAUCAGAGCCACAUUACAGGUUCCAUAAGAAUAAUAGGAAAUAUUCACAAUUCACAGAGUUUAGGACUGGCGAGUCAAUGGGGCUAUUAGGCUAACAUUGGAAAAACCUGCAUUAACAAGCAGAAUCGAGUACCGUCAAGCAAAAUAACUGAAGGUGUUUAUCUGUUUUAACAGUCUCUGUUUUAUCUCUUUCAAAGCAAAGCAAUGUGAUUAUCCCCAUAUAGAGAAUGGAGCACUAUCUUGGUCCAACACAUACUACAGUGACGUCUAUUUUCCAAAAAGGAGGGACAGACAAUUAGUUUCAGAUGCAAGCACGGCUUUCUGCAAGAAAAUAAAAUGUACUGGUAUAGAAUUAGAUGCACCAAGUUGGGCUGGGAUCCAGAACCGAAAUGCUUCAGUAAGUGUAUGUUUCUCUUAUUCUCCUUGAGCUAAGAAGGCACCAGCAACAUUAAUGAUGGCUGCUGAGGUGCUUUCAAAGAGUUAGUCUACCUAAGAUGGAAGUAGCAUAUAAGUCAAAAGCAGGGCUGACCCGUUCUAUUUCAUCACCUGAGUCAAAACAGAAAGGUUCCACUCCCGCUCUGCUGUCACUCUGUCAAAGCCUCACUUAGUGGGGUUGCAUGGCUGUAGCUUCCAGGAUGCGGCAAGAUCUUAUGAGAGAUUGGCGAGAUAUUGCCGGAACCCAGAAGCUGGAUGCAACUGAAGGCUGCCAUAGCUCCCUGGUGCUGGCACCUUCCUUCUAUGUUUUUCCCACCUGACAUUUCAAACUUGCUUGUAAAUAUGAGCCCUUUCUUGGCAUUUCAAAUCCCUUGUGCAACAAGGGAGAUUUGGGAUGCGCGUGCAAGUCCCCACCCACUCCUUAUCACAUGGGGUUUUUUGAAUGCCUGAAUAGGGCUAGAAUUUGCAAACAUUCAUUCCAAACCUGCUUUAUGACAAUCCCUGUGUGUGCGUGCCAUUAUUCUGCAGGCAUGCCUAAAAGUGCUGAAUAUCAUCUUGGGUGUAGCAGAAUGUAGCAUUCGGAGAAUCUUGGUUCUUUCAUUUUUUAAGAAAGUAAGUUUCUUAGGAACUUAUACUAGGAAGCUGCCUUAUACUAAGCAAGAGACUCUUGGUCAGUAUUGCAUAGUGUGAUGCCGUUCAAUAUUUGGCAGUGGAUUUCCAUGGUUUCAUACAGGGGCCUGUUCCAUAGCUGCUUUCUGGACCAGGACGUCCAAAAGUAUUUUGCGUACUGUUCUCUAAUAAAGGUUUUGUACACAUUUCCUCUCUUUCCAUUCAUGCAUAUGUGUUCGUUUUGCCUUUAGGACAAUGCACCCCUCCUAAACCCUUGCCACAUGGUGACGUAAUUUACGACUCUAAGAAUAACUUCAUCGAGGGUGAUAACGUUUCGUUUCGUUGUGAUGCAGGCUAUCAACCUGAAAAUCAAGCAACGGCCACGUGUACAAAAAAUGACUGGUCGCCUACUCCAAGUUGUUCCUACAUGUGUAAGCUUUACUUGAUAACUGAUCAAUACACCUCGGAUUGUGGAUACAGCCUAUCUGAUUCUGCCUUAAACAAGCCACAUUAACUCCAUACCCUUACUGCCAUGAUAGUUCUGUACCAACAAAUUCCUUUAAUAAGGUUUUGAGGGGUCAUGGAAUAGAACUGCAUGCCUCUGGGCUGACUUAAGGCCCAUCCACGCUCCUGUUUGUCCUAUGAUUUCUAAGCAGGGGUUGGAGACGAUUUUCUUUUGUCCCACUGCUUUCCCUGGGAAAACCCAUUGUUUACUGCUGAAUCGGAACAAACACUGAUCUGCAGAAAACUCAACGAAUGUUUGUUCCGAUUCAGCAGUAAACAGCAGGUCUUUCUGGGCAAAGCGGUGGGGCGAAAGAAAAACCUAUAGGACCUAGAUAUCAAACAGAUAUGUGGACGAGCCCUUAGCUUUCAGUGUGAUCCUAUAAAUCCUUUAUUUACAGUGGCACAUUUCUGUAUUUGCACUGCAGCCCAAACAGGAAAUUAGAUUAGGUUUCAUAAAUGGUUCCAUAGCAAUCUGCUCAGAUUUAUGAGACCAGAGGCUCAGUCCUCUGGUCUAGGCAAGAUGGUUACCACUGACUUGGCUGGAUAUGAGCAAGUAGUAUAUAGCAAGAGAGGAACUUCAGAAAUGCUAUUUGCUAUUUGGCAGGAUUCUGGCCCACCCCAGUGGCUAAUCAUUUGCGACUUCCAACCUGUAUAGGCAUUGGAUUUGUUUCUUCUCUCUCCCCCAUCUGGAUGGGAAUUGGUGGAUGAUUUAUUUAUUACCUCAAAAAAGGAUUAAAAUUCCAAUAACAGUUAAAUAACAACAGGUGGCUGCUACUGCUGUGCUCCCUUAGUAGAAAUAUUAUAGCUCGCUAAACCAGUUGCCUUUCUGAAUCUCAACUGAGGGAUGAGGAGGGAUAUUCACAGCUUGGACACUAGGCUAAUGGCUUUGGGUUGACUUGCUACCAUAAGAGAUAGUGAGCAAUCAAAACCAAGACUCAGAAAUACUGAACAUGAUGCCCUGCUGAUGUUGGAUUCCAUUUCUCAUGAGCCCUCAGCAGAUCAGGGAUAUUGGGAGGAGCUCCAGGAACACAUGAAGAGCAUCAUUUUAGCUAUCCUUGCUCUGCUGAAAGGGUGCCAAUUUGUAUGAAAUAUGGGUCAGGGGGGAGGAAAGUUAUGCCUCCACAACAUUUGAAUAACAAUGCCUAUCAAUUUCUGGGAGGUAGCCCCCUCAAAUAUUUUAUUGGGGUGGGGGCGAAGGGACCUUGGCCCCUAGGAGUUGGCUCCUGUGCUCUGCUAACUGUACAGUGAGUGUUCUCAAUUCGUUCCCAUCAGCAAGCCUCAUUUCGCAACACGUUUUAGUGCUGCACGCUAGGACAGUAGUACCUCAGGUUAAGAACUUAAUUCGUCUGGAGGUCUAUUCUUAACCUGAAACUGUUCUUAACCUGAGGUACCACUUUAGCUAAUGGGGCCUCCCGCUGCCGCCGCCGCACGAUUUCUGUUCUCACCCUGAAGCAAAGUUACUAUUUCUGGGUUAGCGGAGUCUGUAACCUGAAGUGUCUGUAACCUGAAGCAUCUGUAACCUGAGGUACCACUGUAUAAAGAAUCUAACAUAUGUUGUAUUUCCUCAACCCCCCCAUUACAUUACAGCUGCAUCCAGAUUUGAGAGAAGACUUCAGUAGGUCAACCUCACCAGCGCCUGGAGAUUAAUGUAUAUAUGCUAUUUAUUUUUAUAUGAUUUGAAUUCUUUCUUGAUUUUUUUAUCGUUAUGGAUGUUGUUUGUUUGUAUUCAUGCUGUUAGCUGCCUUG